AUGGCGCCCAUCUUUUCUUCCAUGACUCGCUUGACAGCGGUUAUUUCUUCAAUUCUUCUCUUGUCCACUGACGUGGUUCUUGGCACUACUACUCGUGAAAAGACACUUACUGGAACUUACGACUACAUCAUCGUCGGAGGCGGCGUAUCAGGCUUGGUCGUUGCAAACAGACUUUCCGAGAAAUCUCAGAAAACUGUUCUCGUCCUCGAGUAUGGAUACAAUGACAACUCAACCAAGACCCUUUGGCCUUAUUAUGGUACGGGUUACAAUGAUCCUGAUAUGUUCGAGAUCAACUCUGCGCCCCAAGAUAAUCUCCAGAACCAGACUUUCGUGGCCUAUGCUGGCAAAGUCCUCGGAGGUGGUUCUAUUGUGAACGGUAUGGGCUACGACCGUGGAACACAACCUGAUUACGAUGCUUGGGGUGAGCUCGGUAAUGAUGGCUGGAAUUGGAGCAACUUGCUCACUUACUUCAAGAAGGUCAGUCAGCUUCGUUCAUACUUCAGCUGUACCCUACUGACCGAGCCAACAGNNAGCAGCACCUUCACCCCCAACAAGAAGGAGACCCUCGACAAGUACAACUACACCUACGACCUAUCCGCUUACGGAGAUGGACCUGUUCAAGUCUCUUUGCCUGAAUGGCAAUAUCCGGAGUUGCCUACCUUCUGGAAAGCCAUGGACGAGAUGAAGAUCAACAAGGUCCAAGAAGGUGCUCUGGGUGAGCCUGGUUACUUCUGGGUGCCUGCCACUACCGACCCCAAGUCUCAGACCAGAUCCUCAGCUCGUACUGCUUACUACGAUCCCAUCGCUUCUCGUUCCAACCUCAAGAUCGCCACUGGUGUCCAAGUCCAGGAGAUUGUUUUCUCUACCCUGACUGCCAAGGGUGUCAAGCUGCUUGACAGAGAUACUGGCAAGACCUACACUGCCUACGCCGACAUGGAGCUCAUUCUCGCGGCUGGUGCCAUCCACACUCCUCAGAUCUUGCAACUCAGCGGUGUAGGCCCUGCUAGCGUGCUCAAGGAGGCAGGUGUCAAUGUGAAGGUCGACCUUCCUGGUGUUGGCAACAACUUCCAGGAUCAUCCCACAGCAUACAUGAUCUGGAACUUCCUCAACGACACAACUCCCAACACAAACUCUUUGACUAACAACGCAACCUUCAACGCCACUGCAUACGAUGAGUAUGUCGCCAACAAGACUGGUCCAUACACUCAAGCGCAUGGCAACGGUGCUGCGUUCCUGCCUCUUACCAAGAUUGCUCCCAAAUCGUACAAAUCAAUCGUGGAAAAGCUCGCAGCCCAGAAUGCCGCUGACUACCUCCCUGAGAUGUACUCUGAUUACCCCGAGUUGGUCGCUGGCUACGAAGCGCAACGCAAGGUCCAGGUUGAACAGUUCAGCUCUGAUGCAGCCUCGAUGUACGAGUUCUCUUUCAUCGGUGGUGGUUUCUCUAUCACUGCUCUCCAGAAGCCUACCAGUCGCGGUACGGUCUAUCUUGACCCUAAGAACCCCUACGGCGAGCCAAUUGUCGACUACCACGGCCUCCAGAAUCCUGUCGACAUGGACAUGAUACUUGCCAGCAUGCGUUACACCCGCCAGAUCUACAACACUUCUGCGCUUUCCGUCUUUGAACCUGUUGAAGCUAGCCCUGGUGUCAAGUAUCAGACUGAUGAUGAGCUCAAGUCGCAGAUCGUGUCUGGCCUUGUCUACCCUACCCUCGCCCAUCCUGCAUGCUCGUGCGCUAUGACGCCCAGAAACUUGGGCGGUGUUGUCGACUCUGGCCUCCAAGUCUACGGCAUCAAGAAGGUCACCAUUGUCGACGCUUCCAUUAUGCCUCUUAUUCCUGGUACCCACCUCCAGGCAACUGUUUACGCUGUCGCUGAGAAGGCCGCCGAUAUCAUCAAGGCCAGACAUGGUGCUUAG